AGCUAAAUUUAUUGAGAAUGAUGGAUGAGAUUUGUAAUUUCAUAUAUAGAUUGAAACCGGCUUUCUUUAUGGUAGUGGUUCAAGUGGCAUAUGCUGUUGUCAAUGUUUUGUAUAAACUUGCAGCUAAUGAUGGAAUGAGCUUGAGUGUUAUUGUUGCUUAUCGAUUCAUUUUUGCCACCGUUUUUACGGUCCCUCUUGCUCUUAUUCUCGAAAGGAAUAGCAGACCAAAACUUACUUGGACGAUACUCUUUCAAGCUUUUCUUUGUAGCUUAAUUGGGGGAUCACUACAUCAACAUUUGUACUUGACGGGCUUGGCCUUCACAACUGCAACGUUUGCCACGGCCAUGAACAAUCUCAUUCCAGCCAUCACUUUCUUUUUGGCUUUUUCUUCCGGACUAGAGAAGGUGGGAAUAAGGACAUUGGCUGGAAAAGCAAAAGUGUUGGGAACAUUUAUUGGAAUAGGUGGGGCGAUGCUCCUCACUUUCUACAAGGGAGUUGAGAUUAAAAUCUGGUCUACAAAUAUUAACAUUCUGCAUCAUGCCGCCACACAGCAUACCGAAUCUAAUAAAUUCCUCUUUGGAUGUUUAUUGGUUCUCGCUAGUUGCUUCACUUACGCUUCCUGGUUGAUCAUUCAGGCUAAAAUGAGUGAGCAAUACCCUUGUCACUACUCAACCACAGCUCUGGUGUCUCUAAUGGCAGCAAUAGAGUCGGUUGUGUUUGCCCUUUUCAGGGAAACAGAUUGGAAAGUGGAAGUUGGGCUUCAAUAUUAG